AAUCACCUCUGUGUUUUUUAUUUUUUCUUAAACCAAAAACCACUGAAAAUUUUGAAAAAAAAAAAGUUUCUUAGUUUUUGUUAUAAAAUUUUGUAAAUAAGUGAUUUUUCUCCUUCACUGAUGUGCGCUAAUGAGGCUGCAGUGAUGGACACUGAUAGGCAUUGAUGGCACUGAUAUGUGGCAUUGAUGUGCACUGGUAGGCACUGACACAAGGCACUGAUGGACACUGACAGG